AUGUCAUCGCCCAAGGUUGCUCUAAUCACUGCUGCCAGCACCGGGCUGGGUGCCGCGAUUGCCCGCACCUUGGUAAUUGAACUUGGGAUGAGCGUCGUAAUAAACUACCACAGAAAUACUGACCGGGCAGCGAAGCUGGUCCAAGAGCUACAAGAUGACUGUGGUGUAAGGUACGCGAAGUCCGGGGCUCCUGUGCCGGUCGUGAAAAUGAUCCAGGCAGAUGUGGGCGAAAAAUCAGAUGUUUACCGCCUCGUCGAGAAGGCGGCAGAGGAAUUUGAUGGUCGGCUCGACGUGGUCAUCUCCAACGUUGGCUGGACGCGCAUGCGGAAUUUCUCCGACUUGGAGGACGGCCUCGACGAGGAAGAUUGGGACCGUUGCUUUGCUGCGAACGUCAAGUCCCAUCUGUGGCUCUUCCAUGCAGCCAAAAAGUACUUGGAGGAGAGUAAUCAACGAGAAAGAGGUGCUGCCGUUUUUGUGAGUACGGCGAGUGUUGCAGGUGUUAAGCCUAGUGGCAGCAGCUUGUCUUACGCCGUUACGAAAGCCGCUCUUAUCCAUCUCGUUAAAUCUCUUGCGACUAUUUCAGCUCCUUCGAUCAGAGUCAACUGUGUCUCGCCCGGUAUUCUGUUAACAGAAUGGGGUCUUUCUUUUCCGGAAGAGCGACUGAAUGCGGCCAUAAAGGCAAACAAAUUAGAAAGAUUUGCUACUGUUGAGGAUGUCGCCGAGCAAGUCAAGACGUUUGUUGUUUCUAAAUCUGCGACUGGGCAAAACGCCAUUAUCGACUCCGGAUUUAGUCUCUGA